UACAUAGGCCAACAUUGCACUCCUUGGAAAGAAAGAAGAUAAAAUGGCAUUUCUUUUUGUUGUUUUAGGACUCUAAUGCUCAUUCAAAACCGUCUGAGGGAAGAACAUGCACUUCAGGACAUCCUGUUCAAAACUCUUCUAAAGGGAGCACCUACCGCACUGCCUCCACGUGAAGUGAAUCCUACUCAGUCUCCAACUGCUUGUAGGAUACAUGGACACCUAUAUGUCAAUAAAGUUGCUGGGAAUUUCCACAUCACUGUUGGCAAGGCUAUCCCACAUCCCAGAGGACACGCCCAUCUCGCUGCUCUUGUCAGCCAUGAAACUUACAACUUCUCCCAUCGAGUUGACCAUCUGUCCUUCGGGGAGGAAAUCCCAGGCAUCAUAAAUCCACUAGAUGGCACAGAGAAAGUGUGCACUGACCAUAAUCAGAUGUUCCAGUAUUUCAUCACCAUUGUGCCCACGAAACUGAAAACCUACAAGAUCUCAGCAGAUACACACCAGUACUCCGUCACAGAGAGGGAACGGGUGAUAAACCACGCUGCUGGUAGUCAUGGUGUUUCUGGAAUCUUCAUGAAGUAUGACAUCAGUUCACUCAUGGUAACGGUAACCGAGCAGCACAUGCCCUUCUGGCAGUUUCUGGUGCGCGUCUGCGGCAUCAUCGGAGGCAUCUUCUCCACCACAGGCAUGCUCCAUGGUCUGGUUGGAUUCUGUGUGGAUAUCGUCUGCUGUCGCCUCAAAUUGGGCGUCUAUAAACCCAAAGAGGUUGGUAUCCUCGAUGAACACACCAGCCAAACACCAUUACUUACAGAAGCCGAUGAGCAGGAGUAAGCUGGCUAAUUGUGCACUGUCUGUCUGCCUAUUGGAGUCUGCUGCAUCCACCUUCACCUGAUUUGUUGAGAAGAAAAGCAUUUGCAGGGACAAGCACCCCAAUGGAAGACUCUUCACACCAGUACACUUUACAAGAACUCUACACAAGUGUUGCUUACAUGCAGUGUUCAUCAAUAUUACAGUUUUGUGACACCAGGCUUGUGUUGUUUUGUCAUCUAUGGAUUGCAAACAUACUUUCUAAAUAAAGCAUCAAUUUUUCACAAGA